AUGACACCAAUAUUAGUGUUCCUGACUCAAGUCAUCUGCAAUAAGCCUAUUGCUAAAUGUGUUGCCAGUGAUCCUCUUUAUAUAAAGCACAGUCAGUAUCAUUCUGGAGAUAUCAUCGUUGCUGGCAUUGUUUCUCAGUUCUACAGAUUCUCUGACCUGAUAACAUUUAGAAGACAUCCUUUGGAAGAACAACAUGAUGAGAUCACCUAUUUCUCACCAAAAUGGAGCUACCUUGCCACAAUGAAACUUCUCUCAACUCAUGACAGAUUCAUUCCUAACUACAAGUGUGAUGCCCAGACCAACAUAGCUUCUGUUAUAGUGGGGCCAAACCCCCAAUUCUGUCACUCUGCGGCAACCAUUCUGCAAUUUUACAAGCUUCCACAGCUGACAUAUGGAUCUACCCCAAUGGUGAAUAAUAAUACAGAGGCUGUUUUUUCCUACCAGAUGUUUCCCAAUGAGUACCAUCAAAAUAUGGGGAUUCUCCAGUUGCUGUUGCAUUUCAAGUGGACCUGGAUUGGGGUGCUUUUUAUAAACAAUUAUAGUGGUGAAAGAUUUGUGCAAAAUGUGCUCCCCAUGUUUCCUCUAAAGGGUGUUUGCUUUGAUUUCAUCAAGUCAUUACCUAGGGAGUCUUUUUCUUCAGAUAUUUGGAAUAUGGUAACUAGGAAUUUUGAACUAUACAAGCUAAUCAUGAACAGCAAUGCUACAGCUGUGAUCGGACAUGGAGAAAAUCAGAUGAUGAUCUCUCUUAGAAUGCUACACUUGAUUCCAGAUUAUGUGGGCAUUCCAGCAAAUAGAAAAGUCUGGAUUCUGACUGCCGAGAUGGAAUUCACAUCCCUUCCCUUUCAGAGAAUGAUGAGCAUAGAGUCCUUCCACGGCACAAUAUCCUUUGCUGUUUCCUCAAAGGAGGUACCAGGCUUCCAGAAAUUUCUUCAAGCAAGGAAUCCUAUUUCAGAAAAAAAGGACAGCUUAUUGAGGAUUUUUUGGGAACAGGCAUUUCAGUGUUCUUUCCCAAGUUCUAUUUCAAAUGAGAAUUUUGGAAAUAGGUGCACUGGAGAGGAGAAAUUAGCAAGUCUUCCUAGCUCUGUGUUUGAAAUGGGUAUGACCGGCCACAGUUACAGUGUUUACAAUGCUGUCUAUGCAAUGGCACAUGCUUUGCAAGCCAUGCAUUCACUGAAAGUUAAACACAAAAGAAUGGCAGAUGGUAUGGGAGUGAAGCUUCAGACUCAUCAAUUGUGGCAGCUCCACCACCAUCUGAGAAGUGUUUCAUUUAACAAUAGUGUCAGAGAGAAGGUGUCCUUUAAUCAAAAUGGGGAAAUAGAUGCUGGUUUUGAUAUUAUGAACUGGAUCACAUUCCCAAACAUGUCUUUCCACAGAGUCAGAAUUGGAAAAGUGGACCCCCAUGCUCCCCUAGAGAAGCUGUUAAGCAUGUUUGAAAGUGGCAUCACCUGGCCCAGGAAGUUUAAUCAGACACAGCCCAUUUCCUUGUGUAACGACAAUUGUCAUCCAGGCUACAGUAAGAUAAAGGUGGAAGGGAAGCCAUUUUGUUGCUAUGACUGUCUUCCAUGUCCUGAGGGAAAGAUGUCAAAUCAAGAAGAUAUGGAUGACUGUUUGGCAUGCCAAGAAGAUCAAUAUCCAAACAAUGGAAAGGACCAAUGCAUCCAGAAAGAUAUAAGUUUCUUGUCUUAUAAAGAAUCUUUGGGGAUCAGUUUGAGCACUCUUGCAAUCACCUUUUCUUUCAUCACAGUUCUGGUGUUUGGGAUCUUCCUUAAGUACUCCAACACUCCCAUAGUCAAAGCCAACAACCGCAGCCUGAGCUACACUCUCCUCAUUGCUCUCUUGCUCUCCUUCCUUUCCACGUUCCUAUUUAUUGGCCAGCCUCAGAAGGUCACCUGCCUCCUUCGACAAACUGCUUUCGGGAUCAUCUUCUCAGUGGCUGUUUCUUGCAUAUUGGCCAAAACCAUCACUGUUGUUUUAGCUUUCCUGGCCACUCAGCCAGGGUCCAGAAUUAGGAAAUGGGUGGGGAGAAGACUUACCAGCUCCAUUGUAAUUUCCUGCUCCUUUAUUCAAACUAUUAUUUGCACAGCGUGGCUGGUAAUCUCUCCCCCAUUCCCACAUUUAGACAAACACUCCAUAUCUGAAGAAAUGGUACUGGAAUGUAAUGAAGGUUCAAAUGUCUGGUUUUAUUUGGUCUUGAGCUUCAUGGGCUUGCUAGCCUUUGUGAGUUUCAUGGUGGCUUACUUAGCCAGAAAGCUACCAGACGCUUUUAAUGAAGCCAAAUUUAUCACCUUCAGCAUGUUGGUUUUCUGCAGUGUUUGGAUCUCCUUUGUUCCAACGUACUUGAGCACCAAGGGGAAAUACAUGGUGGCUGUGGAGGUCUUCUCCAUCUUAGCCUCCAGUGGUGGUUUAUUGGGUUGUAUUUUUUCUCCAAAAUGCUUUGUUAUUUUGGUGCACCCUGCAUUAAACAAGCAGGAGCAGUUGAUAAUACGAAAAAGAGAGAGAAAGUAA